AUGAUGGAUAAAUUGAAUAUCAUACAACAGACUGACCUAGGCUAUGAGGCCGCGAGGGUAGACAGGCAAUUCAACAUGCGAGUGCCUGAUCGAUUCUCGCUGGGCGUCAUCAAAAUCACCGAAGAGAAUCAGAUCGUCCAAGCCGUGAAACUGGCCGCUGAGCAGGGCUGCCGAAUUGCCGUGCGGUCCGGAGGUCAUAGCUGGGCGUCAUGGGCACUGAGAGACAAUUCCAUCUUACUUGACCUUGGCGACUUCCACGAAAUGGAGCUUGAUGAGGAGACGGGGAUCGUUCGCGUAUCGGCAUCGACUACUGGAGGAAGGCUGGCUCCCUACCUCCGCUCAAAAGGUAGAAUGUUUUGUGGUGGCCACUGUCCCGACGUGGCGCUGGGAGGCUUCUUGCUCCAAGGCGGAGUCGGUUGGAAUGCUCGAGGCUGGGGGUGGGCAUGCGAACAAGUAGUUGCCAUUGAUGCAGUAACCGCUGACGGCCAUAUUGUACGGGCAGAUGAGAGUCAGAAUUCAGACCUAUACUGGGCUGCUCGGGGAUCUGGACCAGGUUUUCCAGGCGUAGUCACGCAGUUUCACCUCAAAACGAGGCCUCUUUCAAAAGCUAUGCGUUCCUCAACUUAUGUCUACCCAGUGGAAGCAUACAAAGAAGUGUUUGAAUGGGUUCUCAAGCUUGUACCAACAUUUGACAUCGACACCGAAAUAGUCAUGGUUUCAUGCUACCCUCCCGGCUUAGACCAAAUCUGCAUCGUCGCUUCUUUUCUUAGCCUCAAGUCGAGCGAGGCCGAGGCAGAAGAGGCCCUCCGACCAGCCGAAGCGACACACCCUGGACAACCACUCGUUCACUUGUUUUGCCAAGCAACAAGCCUAGAGCAAGAGUACAUCAACCAGCGUCAUGCAAACCCCGCUGGCCAUCGCUACUAUUGUGACAACGCGUUCGUCAACAAUAAGGAGGACGUGCCAACUGUUUUGGAGAAGGCACUGACAUCGCUGCCAUCGAAAGAGGCCUAUUCAUUUUAUUAUCCGAUGAAUCCCUGGAGCCGCAAGAAUCUCCCAGACAUGGCCAUCAGCUUGCAGUGUGAUCACUACAUUGCCAUGUACACGUUAUGGAAGAAUAAAGAGGAUGACGAGAGAUGUAUCUCCUGGGUUAAGGAUGUCAUCAAGAGUAUCAAACCACAUUCUUGUGGUUCAUAUAUUGGGGACCUCGACCUUCAAAGUAGAACCACAAAGUUUUGGGGCGAGGAGCAAGGAAGGAGACUCAUGGACAUCCGUCGUCAACGAGACCCAAAAGGGGUUAUAUGCGGAUACCUCGAUGCGGAAGACAAAUCGGGACCAAAUGGUUUGGAUAAUCACUUGGAUAGAACAUAG